GCGUGGCAGCAGCGGCGGCACCGCGCACUUCACACUCGCGAAGAGGUCGUGGGCGACUUAUUGCGCAACAGCGCGGAUCAAUGCGACGACGCGUCGCAUCGGAACAUUUUCCAUCAGCGGGACGCGCUUUACUUGACCUUGGAGGGGAGACGGAGACAUCUGCGCGUCCGUGGCCGGAGCUCUGGGAUCCCACUCCGCUACUUCACGACAGCGAGGCGACGCUUCCCCAAAACUUUGGUGGAGGGGAUGGAGGCGCAGAACAACAACCAGCCCACCCUGGAUUACCACAAUAACCUGUAUAAGCUCCCGGGCCAGCUGGAUCAGAUAAACGGACUGAGCUCCAAGUACUGCUGCACCAUGGGAAACUUUCGCAUUGAAAAGAAGAUCGGCCGGGGGCAGUUCAGUGAAGUGUAUAAAGCCACGUAUCUGCUGGAUGGGCAGCAAGUUGCACUCAAAAAAGUCCAGAUCUUUGAGAUGCUGGAUGCGAAGGCUCGUCAGGACUGCAUCAAAGAAAUCGACCUGCUGAAGCAGCUGAAUCAUCCCAAUGUAAUCAAGUACAUUGACUCUUUCAUUGAAGACAGCGAGCUCAACAUUGUUCUGGAGCUGGCAGACGCUGGAGAUCUGUCCCAGAUGAUCAUGUACUUCAAGAAGAAGAGGCGACUCAUCCCAGAAAGAACAGUCUGGAAGUAUUUUGUCCAGCUCUGCAGCGCCCUGGAGCACAUGCACUCGCGCAGAGUGAUGCAUCGCGAUAUCAAACCAGCCAACGUCUUCAUCACAGCCACCGGGGAGGUGAAGCUGGGAGAUCUGGGCUUAGGCCGCUUCUUCAGCUCCAAAACCACCGUAGCACAUUCUUUAGUGGGAACACCUUACUACAUGUCACCAGAGAGGAUCCAUGAGAAUGGAUACAACUUCAAAUCGGACAUCUGGUCGCUGGGAUGUCUCCUGUACGAGAUGGCUGCGCUGCAGAGCCCCUUCUACGGAGACAAGAUGAACCUCAUGUCCCUCUGCCAGAAGAUCGAGCAGUGCGAUUACCCUCCCCUCCCGCCCGACCAUUACUCUGCCAAGCUGCGGGAGCUGGUGAGCAUGUGCAUCAACCCGGACCCGGGGCAGAGACCCGACAUCGUCUUCGUGCUCCAGUUUUCCAGCCAGAUGCACAUGUGGAUGCCCAGCACCUGAGCAGCACCUGAGCAGCAGCUGAGCAGCAGCUGAGCAGCAGCUGAGCAGCAGAUGAGCAGCACCUAAGCAGCACCUGAGCAGCAGAUAAGCAGCACCUGAGCAGCACCUGAGCAGCAGCUGAGCAGCAGAUGAGCAGCACCUGAGCAGCAGAUGAGCAGCACCUGAGCAGCAGCUGAGCAGCAGCUGAGCAGCAGAUGAGCAGCACCUGAGCAGCACCUGAGCAGCACCUGAGCAGCAGCUGAGCAGCAGCUGAGCAGCAGCUGAGCAGCACCUGAGCAGCACCUGAGCAGCAGCUGAGCAGCAGCUGAGCUGUGGUCUGCCGUCCCUGCUGCGUCUGGGCCACUCAGACAACCUCACGCCGCUGAAAAUGUGCCCCGUUUGUUCAUUUCUUCCGGAGCAGCGUCUCCUGGACCUGCUGGAGUGGACUGAUGCGUUGUGGUUCACCCCCCCGCUCCUUUUCUGCCAUGAAGGCUCCUGAGAGGUGUAUUAGCUGUGCAGUGCUCUUGUUCGUACAAGAGCUGACUGCAUUUGUGUCUUUUCUUUCCUCCGAGGCGGCAGAUCUGUGCCUCUCUGACCUCCACAGAGAACGCCUGCCACGCUGCGGCACGUGUGCUGCAGAGCCGGUGGCUUGGAUGUUUGUCCACAUCUUUGUAAUCGUACCUUCAGAGUUUUUAUAUAUCCUCAGCUCCAGCUUGGUCAGAUUCUGCUCAGAGCCACGUGUGAAAGUCUGUUGUGAUGGAAUUUGGAGAUGCUGCCUUUUAAAUACUCGUUCAUGUCCGUGUCCAGUUUCUCAAGACGGUUUCUGAGCCUGGUUUUUGAACAAAAAUGUAUUUUAACAAAAUAAUGUUUAUUAAUAGAUGAAGUUUGUACAGUUGGCAACAAAAUUAGAUGCAUCCUACUGUUUUGUUGUUUUUUUUCUUUUUUCUAAAAAGUUGUAACAGUUUCCAAAGGUCUCACCGAAAGAUCUUUGGCUUGUUUUGGCUGGUUUAAGGGGGCGGAGACACACACUUGACUCCACCCCUCUCCUCUGCAGCAUGUGCCUCUUUUGAAAUCUGCCCUGCUUUGUGCAGACUUCUGAGGAGCAGUAGCACAACAUAGCUAUCCUCUCAGCGUGAUUUAACAAAACCCAGCAAAUUUAAACCACGGGCAACUUUUCAGGCUCAAACCAAAACUGAGCGGCAGUCGCGUGGUGUUGGAUCUAUAAACUUUAAUUUAAACACCUUUUGUUUUUAUUCUUCGAGACAAAAAAACGUUCACAUGUCCCUUUAAUAUCUGAGAAAAGUGGAUGUUCUGAUGAUUGUGUGAGUUGUGGCUGGAAGUAGGUAGACGCUGAAUCAGGAUAACUAGUUUGCAACGUUAGGGAUGUCAGAAGCCAGAUGUUGCCAGAGGUUUCCUUUGGAAGAGUAUUUGAACCUUCACAGAAUGUGAAAAGCUCAGCAGCACUGCAAAAACUCAAAAUCUUACCAGGAAUAUUUGUCUUAUUUCUAGUUAAAAUGUCUCAUUUUUAGUCAAAAAAUCUCAUUACACUUAAAACAAGAGUCAUUACCAGAAAAAUAACUUUUAUCUUCUCAUUACAAGCUAAAAAAUCUUGUUCCACUGGCAGAUUUUUCUACUUAUUUUAAGUGAAAAUCUACUUGAAACAGGUGAAAAUUGUUGUUUUUUCCAGUGAUGAGUCUUGUUUUAAGUGUAAUGACAUUUUUUUGACUAAAAAUGAGACAUUUUAACUAGAAAUAAGACAAAUAUUCUUGUUUUUGCGGUGUACGUCUGAACUUUUUCUGGCUGAUGGCCCGCAGGUUUACUGGAGGAGUUUAUUAUAGUAUAUUAUAUAUUAUAUCACAGGCUGCUGUCUUCAUCAUCAUCAUCUGAGCGUUCAGAGGAAGAUGCUCAGAACAUGAUUCAGCACAUUUAUCUGACGAGGAACAUAGUUCAGUAUUACUACCAUGAGUACAAGAGUGCGUAAAACUUAGAAUUAAAGGUUUAUUUCAAGCUGAAAAUCUGGAGGGUUAUUGGUGUUUACAUGGCCGUGCAAAACCGUGUUAUUGCUAAUAUUCCGGUUAGAAAAGGUUAUUGACUGCAUGUAAACGUAGUCAAUGUUCAUGGGCUGAAUGUCCAGGAAAAGGUCUGCAGAGUCUAAAGCUGGGACUCCCGGACACAGGAAGGGGCCUGGAUCGCCACGGCAACUAAACAUGAACUCCUAACCUGCUCCAGAGCGUUUUAUAUUCAGAGUUUGAGAUGACACGUCAUGAUCAUAUCUCAGAUCCACUCCUGCUGAAACAGCAUUUAACAUCAUCAGGCAGAAGUACUCAAUGUUUAAACUCACAUUUUAACCAACUGACAGAUACGCAGCAAUUUCAUGGUCAUCUUAAAAGUUAGUGUCUUUGAUUUCCAAUCAUUAAAGAUAGAUGAAUUCUUUCCAGUAAUUAAUCUAUUACAUACACUGCACAAACUCAAAAUCUUACCAGGAUUUUUUGUCUUAUUUCUAUUUAAAAUGUCAAAAAAUGUCAUUACACUUAAAACAAAAAAAAAAAGUCAUUACCAGAAAAAUAAAUUGUUAUUUGACAAUUUUCACCUGUUUCAAGUAAAUUUUCACUUAAGUAGAAAAAUCUGCCAGUGGGACAAGAUUUAUCUUCUCAUUACAAGCAAAAAAAUCUUGUUCCACUGGCAGAUUUUUCUACUUAUUUUAAGUGAAAAUUUACUUGAAACAGGUGAAAAUUGUUGUUUUUUCAUCUGGAGGACAAUGAAGCUGUUCACACCCGCCCGGCUGUUUGUGAACUACGGUGGUGGAAGUAUCAUGGGUCGGGCUUGUUUUGUUACAUCUGGACCAGGAUCAUUUAUCUCCCAAAGAAUGGUUGAAAGAAAGUUACUGUGUUCAAAAGCCUCUCUUGUUUAGCGUGCAGCUUUGGCCACUUUCUUUUUUAGCCUCUAUUUGUGCUUGUGUGAAAAAUAGUCCUGAAUCUGUAGAAUAAAAACCAUCUAAAAAGGUCGACUAACUUAAUGGCCAUUUUAACUGAGUGGGGUGUUUUUGUGUGUUGGAAAAACUGCUAAUGGUGUUAAUAUUCCCAACAUGAAAGAAAUGUAGACUAUAUUUAUGUGAUCAAAGGAAAUAACACAAGAAUUUGGGCUUAAAUCUGCAGUUUUCUGUUUCGACCUCUGACCUCUAGUGCAUCUCUGAACAUCAUGUGAUCAUGUAAAGCGGGACUGUGGGUGCUGCUCACUUGUGAAUAAAAGCGUGUUUUAUCCGUGUGAAGAGGAGCCGCUGUUACUGUGAAUAGGUAAAUGCUGUUUCUAUCCUUUUGUAACCUUUGCUAGCAAAAUAAACAUAUUACA